AUGUACAACGUCAUAACUAACCGGCAUUUCAUGUUUCACCUUGUGCUUCAUGUAGAUAGUGCGACCCAAAGUGGAGGGAGGUUUUCGGAACUACACGCUCUCCGCUUUCUCUCUGUCGUCCCUCUCUCCUCCCUCUGUUGCGACCGUGAUUCUUGGACUCUGGUCUGGGUAUCCACUCCGCUUCAACGCUGCGAGUGUCAGGAGGAGUACUUUGCAUGUCCCGUCAGUUCAUAG